AUGGCUAGAUAUUCCAAAUCAUCCAAAUCAAAGGGCUUAUCACAACUGGUUGUUUUACCAACUUAUCAACUAGAUUCAAAUUUGGUUUUGCUACCAGGUAUUAUAUACAACGUUACAUUUUCUCGAUUCAAAGCAGCUGCUUUGUUGUACAGGUUUAAGAAUGUGGUAUCUCGAGUUUCCAUCAUUAACAACUUGUUAGCAGAAUACAACUUUGAUGUCAACAGCACUAACAAUACAACCAGCACUGCAGAAGGCGAUAGUACCAAUCCAAGUGUAAUUUCGCAAGAUGCAGUUGAUGGUAUUUCGCAAUUUUACAAGUUGGAAACGGUAGUCAAUGAAGACAAAGAGGAUGAAACUUUAUCGGGACCUAUUAAUGACUUUGACUGGUUGACUUUUGCCAUAUCUCCAAAUUUGGACAAGAUCUUGGAAUCGAGAAACAAGGAUGCAACCGAUUUCGCAAAUGUUGUAACGAUAGUUCGCGUUGUUGGUAUCGUAGAUGACUCAACUAAUAUCAAAUUAACCUUUCAAGCACUUACUCGUGGAGUAAAGGUGUCAGAUUCUCGUGCCACACCACGUCCGAACGAAGCCAAGGUGGUUGUUGAUUGGAAUACAGAAGUGCCGGAUAUAAAGAAUAGGUUCAAGAUCUUGAGAUCAAACUACAAAAAGUUGUUCAAUUCUAUUGAAAAGUUUCUUAUUAUGUACCGUGAAGCGUUAAAGAAUAAUGCAGCUAUGGGAAGCAACAAUCUUUCUUUAACCAAGGACAAUUUGAAUGAUGAUAAAAAACAAACUGACCAGGAUCCAGUUAAGCAAGAUUUGUUGACGUUGAACCCCUUGGCUAAUGCUUUAUACAUGCAGUUGGCAGGUUCGAAAGACUUUAGCAAAGCAUUUAUGAGUUUACAACGAUUAUAUUCUCAAAUUCGUACCACUUCUUCUUCAUCAGAGGAUGCAAAAGUCGAUGCGAAAACCUAUUUGAGGUUGGUUGAUUUGACAACAGCAAUCUUACCAUUCCCCAAUUACGAAAAGUUGCGGAUGUUGAACAAGUACAAAAUUGACGAUAGAUCGGAUGCAAUCAAUGAAAUGAUGUUGUUGCUAAAUGAUGUUUUUGGUGCCUUGAAACAAAACAACUCAUUUGCCAAUAACUGGUUCCAUAAUGAAGCAUCAAACGUCCAAAGGGCAACUGUUGUAUCUAAUCAACUUAAAUCGAUUAGAGUGUUGCUUGAGGGUAUGAGUAAAAGAAAUCGGGCAGCGCAAAAACAACCACAAUCAAAUCAGCAGGCAAAGCCUUCGAAUGGAGCGAACUCUAAACAAUCACGCGCAAAUAGCCCCAGUGAAGGUAGUGGAGAAUUCGAGGAAGGUGAUGAUGAUGAAGAUGAGUUGCGCGUCAUUGCUGAUUUCAUAAAGAAUAAAUUGCCAACAAUUACUUCUUUAUCUCCAGAUUCCAAACGAUUAAUCCUUAAAGAUUUCAAAAGAAUCAAAUCAGCUGCAAACUCACCAGGAGGUGGUGGGAAUGCUGAUUUCCAUGUCAUUAGAAACUAUUUGGAAAUUGUCAUGGAUAUUCCAUGGGAUAAAUAUGUUAGUAAGUUCAAAACGAAUAGGGAGAUUGACUUGAAAGCAGCUAGAUCUCAAUUGGAUAAAGAUCAUUAUGGUUUGGAACAUGUUAAAAGAAGACUUAUUCAAUACUUGGUGGUGUUGAAGUUAUUAGGUAUCAAUGCUGCCAAGACUAUUGAUGAGGACAAGAGUAAAUGUCCUGAAAAGAAUGCAAAUCAAAAGGAUGCCACAGCUGGCGAACAAAAUGGGAUUCUUAUUGCCAAUGGAGAUGAGACAUAUCGUGCAAAACAAAGGGCCCAAGACCAAGUCGACAAGUCAAUGGAAGACUCUCGGUUCGAAGAAGGAGCGCUUGAAGCUAUAAGAGUCACUAAAAGUAACAAAUCACCCAUUAUUGCCCUCGCCGGACCACCAGGUAUCGGUAAAACAUCCAUUGCUAAAUCCAUCGCCACAUCAUUGGGAAGAAACUUCCAAAGAUUGUCAUUGGGAGGUAUUAAAGAUGAAAGUGAGAUCAGAGGGCAUAGAAGAACCUAUGUUGGUGCCAUGCCGGGGCUCAUUAUUCAAGCUUUACGUAAAGCUGGUUGUAUGAAUCCGGUUAUAUUAUUGGAUGAAAUUGAUAAAGUUGUGGGUGGUAAUUCCGGUGCUACAAAGUACAAUGGUGAUCCAUCAGCUGCGUUAUUAGAGGUAUUAGAUCCAGAGCAAAAUAGCACUUUUAUUGAUCAUUACUUGGGUUUCCCAGUUGAUUUGUCACAAGUUAUAUUCAUUUGUACUGCUAAUGAUCCAUAUAAUAUGACUAGACCACUUUUGGAUCGGUUGGAAUUGAUUGAAAUGGGUGCAUACGAUUAUAAUGAGAAAUUGAUUAUUGGACAAAGAUAUCUUUUACCAAGACAAGUGAAACGUAAUGGGUUCCCUGUCUCUAAUGAGCACAAGAUUGAAGAGUUUGUCAACAUUAGUAAAGCUGCAUUGAAAAAAAUUAUCAUUGAUUAUACGAGAGAAGCAGGGGUUAGAAACUUUGAAAGAAAAUUAGGUACAUUGUGUCGUUUUAAAGCAGUUGAAUAUUGUGAACAAUUGAAUGAUUCAUCAAAGAAUUAUAAUCCUCAUAUUGAUGAAAACGAUUUAUCUAUAUACCUUGGUGUUCCAUUUGCCAGCGGCGAUUUCACAGCUAAUGAAUCCACAUCGAUUGGUAAUUCAAGAAUUGGAGUCGUUAAUGGCUUAUCAUACAAUUCAGAAGGUUCGGGAUCCGUCUUGGUGUUUGAGAGUAUCGGAUUUGAUAGGAGAACAGGAAACGAUAAUAGCUCCUCCGGUACUGGUGCUAAUUUACACAUGACAGGAAGAUUAGGUGAAGUGUUGAUGGAAAGUGGUAAAAUCGGAUUAACUUUUAUCAAACUGAUGAUUUACAAGGAUUUACUUAAAUACGAAGACGAACAAGGUAAACAAAAUACGUCAGCAUUACUUAACAAAUUCAACAAUUUGGAUAUUCACAUGCAUGUACCAAUGGGGGGUAUCCCCAAAGAUGGUCCCUCAGCUGGUGUCACUAUGGCUUUACUGUUCUUGUCAGUCUUGUUGGAUAAACCAGUUCCUACUGAUAUUGCCAUGACUGGAGAAAUCACCUUACGUGGAUUGGUAUUGCCUAUUGGAGGAGUCAAGGAGAAAUUACUUGGUGCUCAUUUAAGUCAUGGAAUUAAACGUAUGAUUGUUCCUAGAGAAAAUCGAAAGGAUUUAAUUGAAGAGUAUUCAAAAAGUAUAAUGGAAGAAAAACAUGAGGGAAAGAAUAAUGUUAAACAAGAAGGUAGUCAUGAUGAUUUGAAUUUCCUUAAUCAGUUGUUGAAAGACAAUGAAGAAGUUGAGUUCAAGAUGGAUAAUGUUGAACAAUUUUAUUUGAAAAAGUAUGGUAUUCAGUUAAAUUAUGCUCGUGAAUUUUAUGAUGUUAUUAAGAUUGUUUGGAAUGAAGAAGAGGUUCUUUUGAAAGAGGAAUCGAAUCAAAAGAGAUUACUUGAAUAUCGUAUCUAG